UGAUUCCGGAAAUGACGCAGAAAGGUAAACAGAGGAGCUGUCACUGGAUUCAGAAAUAAAGAAAUUAGCGACUAAAAGAAGGAGAUUUUUAAAGUUAUUUUUCUUUUAACGCUCUUUGAGGCAUUUCUAUAAAACCCUGGUUCAUACUCCAUUAAAGGUUUAAAGGGACACGACUGACGGCGUCCAUAAAUGUUCACAGACAUGGACUACGAGCUGGAGGAGGACAAACUGGGGAUUCCAACAGUUCCUGGAACUGUGUGUCUGAAGAAAGACGCCAAUAACCUGAUCGGGAUCAGCAUUGGGGGAGGGGCUCAGUACUGUCCGUGUCUCUACAUCGUACAGGUCUUUGAUAACACUCCAGCUGCUCUGGACGGGACUCUGGCUGCAGGUGAUGAGAUCACCGGUGUGAACGGGAAGCCAGUGAAGGGAAAGACUAAAGUGGAAGUGGCCAAGAUGAUUCAGUCUGUGCAGGAAGAAGCAACAAUUCAGUACAACAAACUUCAGGCCGACCCCAAACAGGGGAAGUCUCUGGACAUCGUUCUGAAGAAAGUCAAACAUCGUCUGGUGGAGAACAUGAGCUCGGGCACUGCAGACGCUCUGGGACUCAGCAGAGCGAUUUUAUGUAACGACGGCCUGGUGAAGAGACUGGAGGAGCUGGAGAAAACAGCCGAGCUCUACAAAGGACUGAUGGAGCACACAAAGAGACUCCUGCGAGCGUUCUUUGAGCUCUCUCAGACUCACAGAGCGUUCGGCGAUGUGUUUUCUGUCAUCGGCGUGCGGGAGCCUCAGGCCGCAGCCAGCGAGGCUUUCGUCAAGUUUGCAGACGCUCACCGCUCCAUAGAGAAAUACGGGAUUCAGCUGCUGAAGACCAUCAAACCUAUGCUCCACGACCUGAACACAUACCUCCACAAAGCCAUCCCCGACACCAAGCUCACCAUCAGGAAGUACCUGGACGUAAAGUUUGAAUACCUGUCGUACUGUCUGAAGGUGAAGGAGAUGGACGACGAGGAGUACAGCAGCAUAGCCAUGGGCGAGCCGCUGUACCGCGUCUGCACCGGAAACUACGAGUACCGUCUGGUGCUGCGGUGUCGACAGGAGGCUCGGGCGCGCUUUGCCAAAAUGAGGAAAGACGUUCUGGAGAAGAUCGAGCUGCUGGAUCAGAAACACGUCCAGGACAUCGUGUUCCAGCUGCAGCGCUUCGUCUCAGGUAUGUCUCACUACUACGACGAGUGCUACGCCGUCCUGAAGGAGGCCGAUGUUUUCCCCAUCGAGGUGGACCUCUCCCGCACAAUGUUCAACUACGGCAGCCCGGCGUUCACUGGAGAGGAGGAGGACGAGGACGAGGAGGAGGAGAAGGAGGGAGGAGGAGGAGGAGGCUGUGAGGGGAGACGAGCAGAAAAUGGAGCUGAGAAACUGAUAGAUGAUGUAUGAGAGUGUGUGUGUGUGUGUGUGUGUGUGUGUGUCUGUGUGUGUGUGUGUGUGUGUGUGGGGUGUGUGUGUGU